AUGGCUGAGAUCUUUUCGGUGAAGUUCAAUAUUAAUAAGUUCAAUGGAACGGGAAAUUUCAAACUUUGGCAGAGGAGGAUUAAGGAUUUGUUAAUGCAGCAAGGUAUCGUGAAAGCACUAUACGGAAAGAAGCCAGAAGGCAUGAAUGACACGAGUUGGAAGGAGUUAGAAGCAAAUGAUGUGUCUAUUAUCAGGCAUUGUCUGGCUAAUGACAUAAUGUAUCACGUCAUGGAUGAGGAAUCACCGGUAGCGUCCAUACUCUCCAGUUCCUCUUCAUCGCCAUCCUCCACCUCCAGCUCCAAGAAGGUCGCCGAUCGCAUCGUGAAUCUAUUCGCGAUUGACCCCGAUGGGCAAAAGCGGGAGGUGUUAGGGCUGGCAGGGCACACCCUUCUGCGAGCUUUGUCUAACCAUAACCUCAUUGACCCUGCUUCACACUGCCUGGAGGACAUUGAUGCUUGCUCCGCCGAGUGCGAGGUCAGCAUUGCCCAAGAGUGGCUCGAAAAGCUCCCUCCUCCUUCCUACGACGAGCAGUACAUGCUCAAGAGGAAUUCUAGGUCUAGAGUUCUCAACAAGCAUUCCAGGCUCGGUUGUCAGGUUGUCCUCAACUGUGACCUCCAAGGUAUGGUCGUCGCAGUCCCCGAACUCAAACCUUGGGAUACUACCUAA